UAAAAAGUCUACCUGCUGCAUUUUAAACUGUUUGCAGUCGAGAAACGGACGAUUGACUUAUAAAGCGAGUUACAAUAAUCCAGUCUUGAGGAGAUCAGAGCAUGCAUCGUCAUUUAAGACGUCUGAGCGUCAUACAGGAUUUCAUCUGGGCUAAAUUACGGAAGUAAAAAAGUUGUAUUGAACAAUGGAAUGUGCUUAUCCAACAUGAUUGAGCUUGAUGGGCAAAAGAGGAAGAGAAUGAAAAGCUAUGAUAGCCUAUGAAACCGUUUAUAACUCAUGUCGGAUAUUUUGUUGAAACACAUGUUUGAGCCAGUCAUCUCAAGAGAUUUAACGGAUUAUGAAAUUUGCCUUUUGAUGACCGCUCAUCAGUUCUGUCGGGAUGUUUUCGAGAGGGAAAUGUGAUGUGAAAUAUGAGCUACUAGAAAGUGGAUCAGAAUCAAAGCCUUCUAAGAAGAAGAUUUGUGCUCUGAAGAUAUUUUAUUUUUCUUGCUCUUUAUUUGUGUUUUUCUUUAUCAUCUUCAUUUAUUUAGAAGAUUCCUCUAAAGCACCUUUUACCCAACGAAUCGGGCAAAACCAUAAAAGUAAAGACUCUGAUCUGCCAAAUCUUCUCCCAAGCACACAUUUGCCAUUCGUCCAAACACCACACAUCCACCACACAUCCGCCAGUCCUCCGUCUCCAAAGGCGUGUGGUGUUCAAGUGAAGGACGGGCCUGUGAUUAAAGUUGGCCAUCUUAACACAUAUGUGAUCGGCUCUUAUGUGGAUCAUCGUUUCAGAGAGAAACAGAUAAACACGAUCGCCAUUGUUCUCCGACAUGAGCAGGCGACGUACAGCUGUGUGAUGUGCUGCGAUGGGAGGAACGUGACGUCGAAUGCAGAGUACUCAAUUCAUUCUGACCACUUCAACUUUGAAUACGGCACCGCUACCAUCACGUGCCCAAUCAACAGCAUGUGUUUGACACUGACGCACGUUGCAAUCACAGCCAGUGGUGUCUUGGGUAGCGUAACAUCCUUUCAACCUGUUAGAAACAGAGACGUUCCAACAACCUUCCCGUAUGAGUUUACAAUCUGCAUCUCUGUCAUGUACGACUACAAGAGUGUGUUGAAUUUAGUCCAGUCCAUGGAGAUGUUCAGACUGCUUGGCGCUCAAAGGGUGGUGAUUUAUAAAACCAACUGCGAUUCAGACACACAGAAGGUUCUGGACUACUAUGAGAAAAUCGGUUUCGUGGAGAUCAUCCCGUGGACGAUUAAAAAGCACAUCGUCGUAUCUACAGGCUGGAAGAUAGAUAUAUCACCAGGUCAGCUGCAUUACUAUGGGCAAAUCCCUGCGCUUAAUGACUGUGUUUAUCGUUACAUGUACCAAACUCGCUAUCUGGCUCUACAUGACAUGGAUGAACUCAUUCUGCCUUUCAAAGUGAAAACCUGGACGGAGCUGUUGCCUGAGCUUGAGAACACGUACGGUACUGAUGUGGGCUUUGAGUUUGAGAAUAAUUAUUUCCCGUUUUCUGCAAAGCCUCACGUGGAUCACGACAUAGACAAAUGGAAGCAUGUAAAGGGAAUAAAUAUUUUAAAUUAUAUCGAUCGAGUACCCAACAUCCCCAAUGCUUUCAACAAUUACAAGAUUAUAGUAAAUCCUCGUCUGGUUCAGAAGACUACUGUCCAUGGCCUGCUGGAAAGUGUGAACGGAAGCCCCACGGUCCGGGUGAAUAAUGCCAUCGCUCGCAUGUACCACCUCAAAAACUUCUCGUACCCACCAAACACAAACCUUAUAAGAGAUGAUCAUCUCUGGGACUACUCCAAUGAUCUUAUACCAGCUGUUUCUAAAGUGCUACAGGCCUGUGGACUCAAUGAGGCCUAGAUAGUAAAAAUAGUGUGUCAUAUAGUGUUUCUGUGCUCAAAUGACUGUAAGGAAGG